AUGUCUUCGCCCUCCCCCGAGGAGACUACGAGUGUCUAUACAAACGAUGAAGGCAGUGAUUCGAUUCAGCGAGCCGCCAGCUUCACAGAUCUCCCAAGUCAGACCGAAACACCCACAGAACCCGAGUCCCCGAGCUUAAGAAGAACCUUCUCUGAUCAUGCCGUCCCUACCUUGUCCGAUUCCCCCAGCAAAGAAAGCGUAGCAGCGGGGAAGGAUAUCCUGCGCCGUACAUCCCUACGAUCGAAGAAAAAAUCUCUAGCUGGAGUCUCCAAUUUUACACUGUCGUCGACGGAGGAUUUGAAGGAUACCGAUCCUCAGCAUGUGCGGACAAAAUUAUCGGAACAUCGAGCUCCAGAACCCGCAGCUCGGCCGUCCAAGAGUCGUUCCAUGUCAGGCAGGAUAGUUAGCCUUGCACGAAAACCAUGGGGCUCUUCUUCACGAUCACCGUCUCCUUCGACGGCGAAAAGAGUAAAACAGAGAAUAGAGGAAGAAUCACCAACUAGGUCCGCAGAGCGAAACAAAGGGUCGGAUUCGGACUCGGCGCAACCUGCGCGCAAGAGGACAAUAUUGUAUAAACGGCCGCGGCGUCCUAUGCUUGCUGUGGUAGCCAAGGGAAAUGAAGAAUCUCCGGGAUCACCCAUCAGCCCUUCUGGCAAUUCGUUACGACAUCGGUCCUCAUUCGAGAAGUUCACAGCAUCUCUAUCUGUAUCGACGCCAGUGCUUCCUCCAAUGCCCAAGGGGGCAGCGGCUACAGCUGCUUCCUACCAAAAUAGUGCACCUGAACAUUCGCGCAAGAAAGACGAACUCUGGGGUGUCUUUCGCGGUCUUGAAGCAGACUAUCAGAAGUUUCAAUCUAAAACUAGCUCUCUGAAAGCCAAUGUCAUCCGUACUUCACUCCUCCCCUUUCUCAGUCGCCAUCAUUUACACGCCUCCUGCAAGAAUCUCAGACCGGAAGAUCUGGACCGACGGAUAAAUAUUCUCAACAAGUGGUGGAUUGGUAUGCUGGAGAUGCUCAACGGCAAGCACAACCAAUCGAUAACGGGCACCGACAGGCCGGUAUUUUUAGAGGCGGUCGUCGGCAUUAUGACUAGGCCGGAGUGGCGCAUGCCAUUUCCCACGGCCCAGCAAAGUAGUGGACUUACGGAUUCUUUGCAAUAUGCGUCCACUUCUGUGUCAGAAACAUCUGAAGGUUCGGGAUCAUCGGGAUCGGAUUUCUUGGUUGAGUCAAUUCACCAUAAUAUUCGAAACAUCUUCGUCCAGAAUCUUCUUUCUCAAAUGGCGUUUGUUGUGGAACGCAUGUCUAUGAGGCAUGCGCCUGCCAGCCUGGUGGCGUUCUGUGGGAAGGCUUGUGCGUAUGCCUUCUUUUUUUGUCCUGGAGUAGCGGAUAUUUUAGUCCGUCUGUGGAACACGUCUCCUGCGAUGUUCCGCCGUGUAUUUGCCGAGUCGGCUGACUCUCGAGCCGGGAACAUGCGUGCAUACACCCAAGAGCUUGCGCUGAGCUUUCCUCCUGCUUUGCGCCCUCUCGCGUUUCACUCCCAUGCGCCUCUCUUACGAUACCUGCGUAGGAAGCCUGAAGCCCCUUUGAACACCACUAAUAUAUCUUGGCAUGGUCCGUGGAUUGCACGAUGGUGCGGCCGUGAUACCGAUUUGUUUUUCGUCUUCGUCAAAUACAUCCAUAUUCUUUAUGCAGAAUAUUUGCCGCCGGAGACUGAGAAAGCCAAGCGAAUUCUGGCUCCUGGUUUGCUUCUCGUCCAUGCACAGAUUCUAGUCACCUUUGAGGACACAAUAUAUAAACAAUCGGCGCACCAAGCGCCUGAGAAUCCUCACAUAGCAGCAGCAAUCACGUUUGAUGACUAUCUGGAAUCACCAGAUGCAUCGGCAUCUCCCCACCAGAUCGGAGGCCCAAGGAAUAGCCAUCGCUCAAUGGCCGAGAAUCGGUUGAUUAUGCUCUUGCGAGACUUUUUGUCUGACUCUUCCGCAGAACCGAAUCGGGCACGUCUGCUCUAUGCUGAGACCUUCUGUAGCCUUCUGAAGACAGUUGCCCAGAAAAUUUCUCUAUUUGACCAUAAUGCGUGUUUCCUGCUGUGCGACUUUACGGAGGAAGUAAUCCCAAUCAUCACACGGUAUGCACAGUCGAUUGAAACGGAGCUUUUUGACUGGGCUUUCUGGCUAGACGUCUGUCGGCAAAUGAACCAAAGUCAUAAUUCGUUGACUGAAGUUCGUGUGUUUGCAUUUAUUUACUGCAUCUGGGGGACAUGGACCGCCACAGAGGAGAGAAAAGCCAAUCUCUGUUUGGACUUCCUACUGCAUGAGCCUGUCUUCUUCUACUAUUUUACUCACUGGAGCCCGAUGGUUCGUGCCUACUUCCACCGCCUCCUCUGUUGGAGAGUAGCAAGGUUCAACCCUGAUCCGUCAUUACUCGACUCCACAAUAUAUGAGACCCUUUCUGAUCGUCUGCUACGAGUUUGGGAGUAUUAUAUUGGAUUCCAAUCAAAGGCAGAAGAAGGGAUUGUUACGCCAUUGUCAUCUGCGCCUUGUACACCUGCUCCGGGACGAAGGAUAAUUAUUAUUCGAUGCGAUAAUCAGCUGUCUCCAGUGAAUCUUUUCGUCUCAUUUGAUCGUGUUAUUCCACCUAUGCCGCCGGACCAGGUCAAGAAUCACCGAAGAUCAAGUUCCUCGGAUUCAACGGGCUCAGAUGGCCAGCCUUCCAAGCGUCGAUGGGGUCUUCUUCGAUCCAUGUUCGGCAGCUCAUCAAGCAGCCGGCCUACAGACGAUCUCAGUGGCAGCGCCUUAGAUGAUCCUGAAACUCAAGUAACUGAUCUGACCAUGUCACCCGACAGUAGGUGUAUGGAUGAUCAUGAGCCGAUUCCAAACAACAGCACAGAUGAUCCUGUACGACCGAAAACCCCGCACCACCCGUUCUUCUUCAAGUUCUCCCUGGAGUGGAUGGAUCGCCCCCAGUGGCCAACAAAGAACAAGCGCCUCUUCACACCUUGCCUGCCCGUUGCGUCUCAAAUCCAUGUGCAGCACAGACGUUCUCCCGCAAAAUCUGGCGAGCUGAAUGACGAUAUCCAGUCAGAGGCUUCAACCACCUCUGAGACCUUACCCGAUGAGCCUUUAACUCAGUCUUCUUCCGAUUCUAAGCCACUCCCAGAAGAACCUACUUCUGAACUACUAUCCAGGACGCAAACUACCAAGGACUCGCCAUUGCCUGAACUACCUUUUCAACCCGCCUACGACCAUCUUGUACCCAGCAAAUACGCUGGCCGUGCCCUUGCAGAAUGGGCGCAUAUAGUCUCAGAAUGCGACAGCUUCUUUGCCCGGCGCCGCGAUGAAGGUGUGCCAACCGAGCGUGCCGUGGAGACCCCGAUGCUGGGAGUUGAAAGCUUCCGCAAAUAA